UUUAAUUUGGCCUUAACGCGAUUGGUGAUUUGAUUCCGCUCUUUCUUGGCUGCCUAAACCCCUUACUUAACCAGUCAGUCUCAGUUUUAGUGUUAAUCUGUUUGUGGUGGCACUUAGUCUGUUGGUCGUUUCUCAUACCUUUUGUUUGUCACAACAUUCAUUAAGCCAGACAGCCAUAACCCAUACGGUGGUCGGUUAAGAGUUUGUGUGUGUGUGUGUGUGUGCGUGUGCACUAAGCAGCAACGUCAACGUCGUCUCGUCAAAAGGUGAUCGCGAGUGUAAAGAAUUGUGAAUUGGUCUGUAGAAAAAUGGUGGUAGAGUGAAUGGUGUUUCAGUGAAACAAGAGAUAAGCGGAUGCCAAAAAAAAAAAUAAAUGCUAUAAUACUAGCAGCAAUAGUGUGUUUGUUGUUGUGUGGUGGCGAUUCUUUAAUAGUGGCUAAAUAAUAGUGAGUUAAAUAAAAUAAAAAAACCAAAAACCCAGCCCAAGCAGUUAGGCAGGUAUAUUAAUAUACAAAAAAAGAUUGAAUCACACCACUCAAGAAAAAGAAAUAACAAAAAAAAAUUAAAGAUAAAAUCGGGAAAUAUAGCACAUACCUACAUGCAUACAUACGUAUGCAAAUGUGUGCUGGAAAGAAAACCUGAACGUCAGUCUUUUUGCAAAUAACCACCAAAAAGUAUAAAAAGUCGCCAAAAGUUAUCAACAAAUAUAUUGUUUUUAUUUUUUCUUGUUGAGAAAGAAUCGUAUGAAAAUAAAACAGUGAGGUCAACAAAUUUUAAAUAACAACAACUCCAACAGCGAGCAAACACACUUGAAACAACAAACACGCUGUGUACUUGUUUAACAAGAACGAACACCAACACCAGCGACGCCUGCCGCGCGCCGUCAAAACCAUCUUCAGUUUUGUAGUAGCAGCAGGCAGUGACAAAAUUCGCAACGUCAACGAGAAUUGAGUGUUGAUUUCGUAGACAUUGAGUAGUCAAAAUAAUGUGGAAAAGCAAGUAAAGAUUCGCUGAUCCUCUGCACAAAAAAAAAAAUAGAGAAAAUCUCAACAUCAGCAUAAAAAUAUUCGCCAGCAAUAAAAUCUUAGGCCAUUUCAAUUCGCCAACUAGCAAACAGCAAAAUUACACCAGACAGAACCCCACCUUUUAACCGCAACAGCAAGAGCAAAAAAAAAGAAGCAGAAAUUCAACCAGUUUCAGAACUCAAGCGUAAACAAGUUUACUUUAGUGGUGUGUAGUGGAGCCCCUUCAUCAUCUUCCGCUUGAAAACGCUGUGUGUUAAGGCCCCAUUCGGCCCAAGCCGAGUGCAGAACAAGCCAGGCCUCGUGGUUUACCUUAAAAAACCGUUUUUUAUUACUUUAUUUUGUGUGUUUGAGUUGUGCUGUGUACGCUGCCACUCAUCCAGCUAGCCAUUCCAUCCUAUACCUGUUGUUGCUUUUGCUAUUGUUGUUGGUGGUUGAGGAAACAUGUUUGCCAACUCUGCUGUUACCAGAAAUGAAAAAAUGAAUUUUUCAAAUCAUCUCCUUAACUAAGAGAAUAGCUGUGCCAAACUUCAGUACCUCCACCACCAUAUGCAUGAAAUAAAUUGAUUUAUGUUUUUUUUUUUUUUCAUCAAGAGUACAUCAGGGUUUUUAGGAGAAUUUUGAAAUAUAAAAAUGCAUGAACUCUUUACUAAGGUACUCUCUAAGCGUGAUUUGUCCCGAGCCGGAGAUCUGUUUUCGGUGCCAGACAACGAUAUUGUCAACGAUAUUACCGAUGUGCUCUCUGAUAUAAAUGCCAUAAUUUCUUUGGCCGAUUACCUGAAGAACAAUAAUGACCAGUCUGUGGUGGAGAUUUGUGUGACCCGUGUCUUGUCCUGCAUUCGAGAAACAAAGACUGCAGAACGCUACUGUGGCGCACUGAUUGAUUUGCUGAAGACAUGUCUGCUAUGGAAUCUCCAACCUAGUGGCAGCAAUAAAGAGGACCCACCUCAUGCAAAAAUUGCUGCAGAUAUAAUUUCUAGUAUUUUCUUGAAUUAUGAUAAAAAGGAAGUCAUGAAGUUGGCCCUGCCAGUGGCGGUGCAAUUUCUACCCAAGGGUAACCGUGAACUGUCGCGUAAUCUGGCAAGUUAUCUCUCCCUGGCGGCCAUUGACUAUGCCUAUCUACUUAGUCCCCAUGUGGACUCCAUUAUGAACUCCAUCCUAGCUGGCAAUUAUGGCCUACUAAGGGUACUAUCGCAAAUUUAUGAAGUCUCUCCGGAUACAGUUUCGCCGCAUGCACCCCAAUUGGUGGCCUUAUUGCCAGAAUGUGAUUCCCAAGAAAGACUAGCUGUCUUUCAGUUGUAUUUGUUAAUAGCCCAAAGAACACCUUUGGUCCUGGAAUCCUGCAUAUCACCGCUCUGUGAAUUUCUCUAUGACAGCGAAACGGCCAAUACAACUAUGCAAAUUCUAUUGAAAUUAGCCGAACAAAGACCUCUAUUGGUGGCCGAACAUUUCGAUAAGAUACGUUUGGCCACCAAGACCAAUGCCAGCACCAUGACUGUGGGUGCCCAAGUAUUGGCCACCGCAGGGCGAACAAAUAAAGAGAAUGCCCAAUAUGCCUUGGAUUUUGUAUUGGAGCAAUUGCCUCAUGCCGAUAGAACUUCACAAGCAGUGCUGUUGCAAGAGGCCACCAAAUUGUGCUCCUCAUUUCCCAUACUUUUUACAGACAAAGUAUUGGCCUGUGUGAGACAGAAAAAUGCCUUAAGCCAACAAAAAUUAUCCUCCUCUGAGACCAGUGUCGAUGUGGGCAAUAAGACUUCCGGUGGUGUGACCAUUGUCAAUCUGAACAUAUCCCAUGAUCCUACAGCCAUACAACAGCCCAUAGCUUCCAAGGCCACAGGCGUUGUGGUUAACUCCAAUGCAGCUAAUGUCAUACCCCAACAUUCAACCAUCAUCAGUGCUGAUCCGGUAACCAGCACUACUACCGUUUCCGUGGCAUCCAAUCAUCUGAGUCAUGCCACUACGGGUCGCAUGCACAAGAGUAAACAAAGCCGCAGUAGUCCCAGCAGUCCCAAGGAUCCGUAUAGGCGAACCAUAACAACGGGAAACAUAAAAAUACCAUCCAAUACCGCUGCUGCCACCAUUCCCACUGUCAUUACCCAACCACCACCGCCGCCGCCAAACACCAGCACUACAACUGUGCCACCUACCCCGCCUCAUACUGGAUAUACGAGAAGAGUUAAACUCGGUGAUUCUCGUAGUACAGGACGUUUACAUCCUUCGGGUAAUACACAUCGUAGUAUGACACGUCUCAAUGUGGCCGGAGGAUCCGUUGGAGGCCUGCAUAAGAGUAUGACUCGCCUUUCGUCGUCGCAACAUAUCAAUCAAAAUGGUUCCGCCUCUGGAUCGGGGUCAAAUACUGCCAACAAUUCCACCUCCAGCAGUAAUGUGGUGGUACAGACCGGAGCUGCCAUGGCUAAAACUUCAACAUCACCCAAUAGUGCGGGUUAUGUGACACCUGUGCCGCCAUUAAGUAAUAAUGUCAUCAUAACGGGACACAAUAAAUGGGGUAUACCCUCGACGCAAGUGACAUCGGGCGGGGUGACUGUGACCACCUCACCCACAAAACUUCGGCCGCAAUCGCAAGGGCCUACAACUUUAUUGAAUACAAGUACAGCUUUAAUGAAAUACAGUACAGAUGCAUUGAAUCAGUCCAUAGGAUCCAUAACAUCGCCCAAUAAUCCGGUGUCGGUGCACCAUGCUUCGCCGGCAUUGCCACAUCAAAAUAAUGGCAAUCAAAAAUCUGUGAUGAAAUUACCAGUGAAUGGAAGUAGUGAUCAUGAAGUCAUCGUUUCCGGCCCCACCACCAAUGUUACCCCGCGCCGCAAUGACAAUACCAGUCGCACUUUGCUGAAUGCCAAUAACAGCAUAUUGGACCAACGCAUGAGUACCUUUGAACCAUAUCAGAUAAUGCGCGAUCCGGUGCAACAGUUUUGUGAAAAGCAUUUCUCCUCCAUCAGCAGUUACAUGGAUGAAGUAUCUCAGAUGUUGCCACCACCAACUCGCUGUAGUAUAGAAGUUUCAAAUGAAUUUGCAGAGAGGCGUUCGAAAAAAGUUGCCAAAUUGCAUUUUGCCUGUCAGAUACGUGGACCACAUUGUCUCUAUUCGAAGACUUGCUUCACCAUGAGAACCCGCAAUCCAAAAACUUGGAUACAUUUGAUGUUUCUCGAUUUUCAAGUGCGACAUUAUGUCAAAGAAAAAAGCGUGCUCAGCACUCGCGAACCUGGUAUUAGUAAUCUUAAGAAUAUCUGGCAAAUACUCAAAUGUGAAAAUAGAAGCUUCACGGAAUUGGUCACAAGUCAGUUUCCAAGUUUGAAAGACCGUGAAAUUCUUGUCAAUGAACUAAGACAUUCGGGCUUCUUAGAUGUCUUUGAAGUCUCCAAGACUGAUAAAUCCAAUCCUAACUGCAAUGAACUGGAAUAUCAAUGGGGCUGCUUUUUGUGCAACCAUCCGGAUAAGGCUAUGGGUUUUCUCAAUGGCAGCAAUCAGCCAAUGAUAGAGGGACAAUUGAAGGAGAAGAAGGGAAAGUGGCGAUUAUUCCGCAGAUGGCGUACCAGAUAUUUCACAUUAUCGGGGGCACAUUUGUCAUGCAAAGGAUCGAGUGGUGGAGAAAGCAUUGAUGUCAAUCAAAUACGCUCGGUCAAGGUGUCUCGAGGAGCCCGUAACAUACCCAAGGCUUUUGAAAUCUUCACUGCCGAUCAAACUCUAAUACUCAAACCCAAGGAUGGCAAGAAUGCCGAAGAAUGGGUUCAAUGUCUCAGCAUAGUGGUGGCCCAUUCGCAGGCCCGUGAUAAUCCGCACACAAAGACAAACAGUUUGCCUGCCCGUGGCAUGAGCAGUAGUAAGCCCUCUUUUUGAGAUUUUUUUUUUUUUUUGGUGGGUUUAUUCCCUAAUUACCCUGAGCCCCUCAAACAACUUACAAGGAUACUUAAAAUUUUUUCUGAUUUACAGACAUACAUGCGUACAUAUAUAGACACAUAGUUAUUAUGAAUUAUAAAAUUUAAGCUUAUUCUCAAUACUUUAAAAAAGUUUUGUUUAGUUUAAGUUUAGCCUUCUGCCAAAAGAAGAAUGUAAAGAAUUUAAUUUAAUUAUGAUAAGAUUACUUUUCAUUUUAUCUACGCCCAAGAAGGAGAAGAAAUGAUAACCACUGUUAGAUCAAAUUUGAUUAUAGCGGCAAUUUGGCUUGAAACCGAAAUUAAAUUGGAAAUUAAUGUCAUACUAUGUACUUAAAUAUUGUUAUGUUUUCUUUUUUAAUUAUUUAAUCUAAAGACAUCUUAAAUUUUAGCGUUAUUAUUAUAUUUAAAGA